ACGCGUAGAUCGAGCACCAACUUGUUAUGACAGGUUGCAUUCUCUCGAUGCGUCUAGUGCAUAUUACGCGUAACAUCUUACUGCUCGAGAGCUCUUUCCAAAAGUUAUAUUUCCAAUUGUUUUUCAUAUUUUUCUUUACAAAAAGGGAAAUGGGUCGAAAAGCAGAGCUGAGUGUAGAGACACGAGCAGUCAUUGUGGCAUUACACGAAGAAGGUUAUUCAACGCGAAAAACUCCUUCUAAAUGUGAUGUUUCUCAAACUGCAGUCAUGGGAGCGUUACAAAGAAAGCAAGGUGAACCUAAAAUUUUGACCGCUAGUGUACAUCGUAAACUUCAUUUGGCCUAUGAAUUUCAACCCGAUCCUAUUAACACUUCAGCUUUAUAAUUAUUCGAGCGAAGUUUCAUCAUCAAAACCGUCCUCUUUACAAUAUCAAAAGCGAAAUAAUCAAUAAUUGAAAAUGCUCUAUUUGCAACAUAUACUAGGAGCACCAA